AUAGUUCUUGAAAAUUUGCCGACUUCGAUUCUACAAAUUUGGCUAACUACAAAUACAUAAUAAAAAAGUGAUUUUGACUCACUGUUUAGACUUGUGGUGCUCCGCCUUUGUUGACUGAUUCAAACAAAUUGGCACAACAUAAACAAGAACACCCAUUUCUGUUUUGAUCAGUUUCAUAACAUCUUUCAUUAUGGCUGAAUUCCUUGUGCAGAUGGUGUUGGAACAACUUGCUUCAAUGAUUCGUCAACCAGCGGAAGGAGGGAUUAGGCUGAUUGCAGGUGCUGGCCAAGAAGUUGGAAGGCUUCAAAGCAACUUACUGUCCAUUCAAGCUGUGCUUGAUGAUGCUGAGAACAGACAGGCUAAGGAUAACGCCGUGAGAGUUUGGUUAACCAAGCUUAAAGACGUGUCUUAUGACAUUGACGAUGUGUUGGAUGAGUGGAACACGAAGCUUCAGAAAUUGAAAAUUAAGAAAGCUGAAGCUGCAUUUAAUCCAGUGAAAAAGGUAUGUUCCUUCAUUCUUCACUAUCUCGGUUGUAGGCCAUUGGUUAUGCGCUACCACAUUGCUGUCAAGAUAAAAGAUCUUGAUAGAAAACUUGAUAGUAUUGCUAAGGAAAAAGAGACGUUCAACUUUAGAUCAAUGACAGAGGGUAACAAAGAAAUAGAGCGACCAAUGACAACCUCUAUUGUUGAUUUAACAGAGGUUUAUGGAAGAGAAGGUGAUAGAAAUACAAUUGUAGAUUUAUUACUGAGUCAGAGUAGUUGUAUGCAAGAUCUUUGCAUCAUCUCUAUAGUAGGGAUGGGAGGAAUUGGUAAAACUACCCUUGCCAAAUUAGUUUUUAACAAUGAUAAGGUAAGCACUCAUUUUGAGAAAAAAAUAUGGGUAUGUGUUUCUGAGCCAUUUGAUGAGCUUAGGAUUGCCAAAGCAAUUCUUGAAUCUCUUACAAAUAAUGCACUAAACUUACAUGAGUUAGAAACCGUGGUGCAAAACAUACAUCAAAUUUUAUACAGAAAGAAGUUUCUUCUUAUCUUAGACGAUGUAUGGACUGAAGAUCCAAAAAACUGGGAAAAUUUGAAAUCUUCUCUUACAUGUGGUUCUCCAGAAAGUAGAAUUUUGGUGACCACGCGAAAAGAGGAAGUUGCAAAUGUCAUAGGAACCACCAAAAUUAUCUCACUAGGAACACUUCUUGAGGAAAAGUGUUGGUUAUUAUUUAGUCGAAUUGCUUUUUUUGGAAAAACCAUUGAAGAAUCUAAUGAAUUGGUGGAAAUUGGUAGGAAACUUGUCCAAAAGUGUAAGGGUUUGCCGCUUGCUGUAAAGACUUUAGCUAGUCUUUUGCGUUAUAAAAGAACUUUUGAUGAAUGGCAAAAUAUCUUAGGCAGUGAAAUUUGGGAAAUAGAAAAGGUAGAACAAGAGGUUUUUCGACCUCUACUAUUAAGUUAUUGUGAUUUGCCCUGUACUUUGAAAAAAUGUUUCUUAUAUUGUGCCAUUUUUCCAAAGGAUUACGAAAUAGAUGUAAGAGAAUUGAUUAGGCUAUGGAUGGCCCAUGGUUAUGUGAAGUCAAAGCCAAAUGAGGAUAUGGAGUUAAUUGGCGGAGAGUAUUUUGAUACCUUAGCAAUGCGUUCUUUCUUUCAAGAUUUUGACAAAAUGACUUCUUGUAGUAGAGCAGAGCUUUGCAAGAUGCAUGAUAUAGUACAUGAUUUUGCUCAAUAUCUUACCCAAAAUGAGUGUUAUGCAAUGGAGGUUGCUGGUGUUGGGGAGCUAGAAUUGGACUCUACUUAUGAUAGAGUUAGACAUUCAAUGAUAAAGAUUCAAGAAGGGGCCUCAUUUCCUAGCUCCAUAUAUACUAGAAAGACUUUUCUACGUAGCCUUAUGGUUGAUUGUAAUUAUGGUACUAACCACCCUAAGAUAGUUUUGUCCAAAUUAGUUGAUCCGUUGGCAUAUUUAAGGUCACUAUCUUUGAAAAAUUGCUCCAUCGAAGAAAUUCCUGUAGAAAUAAAAGGGUUAAUACACUUGAGGUAUCUUGAUUUGUCACGAAACCAUAAUAUAAAAAAAUUGCCCGAAACAUUGUGUGAGUUACACAAUCUACAGACCUUAGACAUUACUUGGUGUAGUGGUCUCAAAAAACUACCUCAAGGGAUGGGAAAUUUAAUUAACAUGAGAUAUUUGUUGAAUGGGGAAACUAGUAUAAGUUACAUGCCAAAAGGUUUAGAACGAUUGACCGGUCUACGAACAUUAGGAGAAUUUGUGAUAAGUGAUGGCAGUUAUGGUAGUAAAGCAUGUUCCAUUGAAUGUCUUAGAAACUUCAAAGGCCUUCAAGAUCUUGGUAUAGAAGGCUUUGGAAAGUUGACAGAUGCAGCUAAGGUCAAGGGAAUAGAAUUAAUCAAUAAGAAAAACCUGCGUGGUUUGAGUCUAAGCUUUAAGGGGAGUAACAAUGAGGGGCAUGAUUAUGAAGAAUUUCUUGAAGCGUUGCAACCACCCCCAAAUUUAAGGACGCUAUGGCUGCGAAAUUAUAAAGGCAACACUAUGUUCCCUAAUUGGAUGGUGUCAUUAAACAAAUUGAGAAAGUUAUGUUUGGUGAAUUGUAUAAACUUUGAGCAUUUGCCUCCUUUGGGUAAGUUAUCAUCCCUUGAAAUUCUUAUGAUAUGGGGAAUGAAGAGAGUGAAAAGAGUGGGUAAUGAGUUUUUGGGAAUAGAGAAUGAUACCACAUCAGCAUCUUCAUCAGUAAUUGCUUUUCCAAACUUAAAAUUUCUAAUGUUUGAUGAUAUGGAAGACUGGGAAGAGUGGAAUUACAAUAUUACGAAGAGAAGAGACGGAGAUAUUACAGUCAUGCCAUCUCUUAAGACCUUGAAAAUUUCUUUGUGCCCCAAAUUGACAUCACUGCCUAACCAUCUUCGUCAGAUGUCAACGUUGAAGAAGGAAUUUUAUAAUUGUCCUCUUCUCGACGAACACAGAACCGAUAACUCAUCAUCAUCUUCAGCAAGCUAUCAACUGCAACAAUGAUGCUGUAUAUGCGCAAAGAUACCAACUUUGAAUUCUCAAACACCUAGGGAUGCCAUCAAUGUAACUCGCAGGAAUUUUAAAGCUACAUAUUCGUACAUUGAUUUUUCAUGGUGGAUGUUCACUGGCAAGAAGGAUUUUCCUUUUUCUGCAAACGCAGCAUUGAUUUCGCAUUUCUGAAUUGACAAGACCAUGAAUUCUCAAGCAGCUAUUGCCGCCUUUACUCUGGAUAAGUGGAUGUCCAAUACUUUCAUCAAUCUCCACCCAAUACUAACCAAGAUCUCCCAGGUUCUUUCUGAACUUUGAUUUUGCAUAUGUGCAAAGAGAUAACCUUCUGAAUUCUCUAAGGGCUACAGUUGCCAUCAGUUCACUGGACUUGGAGUAUUGCAGAGUCUCCUCAAUCAGAAAUUCUGUUUCAUUGUAAGAUUCCUAUGAUGAUUAUAUCAUUAAAAAACACUAGUAACACCCCUAGAUUCUCAUCUUUGUUUAAGUAGAACAGUGAUGAAUCUACUUUAGAGUUGUUGAAACACCAUGUGGUAAGUGCUUCCUUUAGUUUUUGAUACCAAGCCUUAGGAGCUUGCUUCAGUCCAUUGAGAGCCUUAUGAGUUUACACACAUAGAGUGCUUGGUAUUUUCUAUUAAGUGCUUGAAGGUGCACUUAUAUGCAGUGUUUUCUGGGAUUAAUUAUUGAAAAUUAAGUUUGAUUUGAGUGACUAUGCUUAAUUGUGUUAUAAAUGUGUUUUCUGGAAUCAUGGGUGUAUUUUGUGUGUUUUCAUGUCUCAAUUGUUCAAAAUGAUGUUUUGAUGAAAAAUGACGCUACAGAAGAAAUUGAUGAUGAGUGAAAACAAAUGGAUUGAAAAUCAAAGUUGAAAUGAAGAAGAUGAUACAUUUCAAAGAGUGGAUUCUCAGAUUUUGAGUAGACGAAUCAAUACCUUCACACAAAAAAGUGAUGUUGCAACAUUUUAAACUCAUAUUUUUUCAGGUGGAGUUAUAAGAAUUUUUUGCACAAUUCGUUCCUCUAAGAAAACUAUUCUAAACAACUUCACUUGGUUGACUAGGCUUAACAACCUGUCAGAAUAAUCUUUUUAUGUUUUCUGUCUCCUUUAUCUUUGCAUUUCAAACUCUCUGAUCAAGUUGAGCAUUUGCAUGUUUUCUUUCAUUACCCUGGUAUUCCUCUUUAAGGUAGUCCUGUAUGUCUAUUUCAAACAUUAGGUUCAUGAUCCUUGUGAAUAUUGUGCUUAACACAGUAGAAAAUAGACAAGCGGCAGCUUUGUAUUUCCUGGUCUUCCUUUCUUUGUGGUAUUUGAGUUGAGCCAUUGUAGGAUUUUCUCCCAAAGGUCUAAUGCAUCAAGAUGUCAUUCUGACAGCCUAAGCUUGAUAAUUAUCACCAUCAAACAAUAGCGGUGUAAUAGAUGAGAAAGUUUUAUCAUUUUCCAUUAUUUGACAACUGUUAUGAUUUUGGUUUAAUGUUUAUCUUUUGGCUUGUGUUUAUGACCUCUUUCAACUCACAAAUCCCUCAAGAUAAUCGCUUUGGUACCAAUUUGUUGUUGUAUUGCACUGAAUGAAAACAAAACAAAAAGAAAGAAUUUUUAUGAAGCACAAGAAUUUUGGGACUGGAAAAUUAGUAAUAUUAUCUUGAUUCAAUGCAUAUCCUUAAAUACAAAAAAUUUUAAACGGAAAAACUAAAAAAUGUCUUUAAAAAUAAACAACUAACUUCCUAAAGGCUUUCCUGGUAGACUUAUUUUUCAUUUACAACCUAACAACAUCUCAGUUUUACGUAUCAGCAGAUCUAUCAACAGCUUGCAAUUUCAAGUCACAGGAUGUAAUUUUCAAGAAUUGUGUUGUUCAACCAUUUUUUUGGGGCAUCAGAUGAAAAAUGAAGAUAUCCUUGUGUGCCUGUGGCGCUAGCCAGCAAGUUGCAGAACUUAAUGGCAUAGUAAUGUUGAUCAAACUGUCUCUUCCACCAACUGGCAUAAAUAGAAUGUUCCAAGCAUCUUGAGUCACCACUCUUAAAUGUAAGGCUAAGGCCAAACUUGCCAUCUUCAGAUAAUGCUGGAUAUAAAAUCAGCAGAUAAGCAUGGAGGUGUUGGAGGCGAUCAAAUUUCUCAGAUUAAGCUGCAAUGUCCAGACGAGUUCUUGAUCAGUGUGAGUGGCAACUACAGUGGUUUACGGUAGCAGCCUUGUGAUCAGAUCACUGACGUUGAAGAGCUACAAGAGAACCUAUGGUCAUGGAGUUGAAGAAGAGACCCCAUUUACUUUCUUAAUGGAUGGAGGGUUGGUUCUGGGUUUGAAAGGAAGGAGUGGUUGGUAUCUUGAUGCAGUUGGCUUCCAUUUAUCCAAUAAACAAUCAACAAGACUCCACAAGGGCCAGAAGAAGUUUCAGAUACUUGCAAGUAAGGCUUCAAAAUAGUCUGCUACCAAGGAGACUCAGAAACUCUCAGAUUUAACACAGAGUAUGACUAAGAUGUAUUAUGAACCAAUACUCAAAAGGGUGAACACUUGCAUGGAAUAUAUAUUUAAUUCAUACAGCAUAUAUCUUGAAUAAAACAUAGCUUUAUUCAA